CGCCUGCGCAUCGGGAAGUGGGUGCUGCGCUCGGCAUGGGCGAGCCUGAGCCGGAGGCGGAGCAGAUCCGUCUGAAGUGUAUCCGUAAGGAAGGCUUCUUCACAGUGCCUCCAGAACACAGGCUGGGACGGUGCCGGAGCGUGAAGGAGUUUGAGAAGCUGAACCGCAUCGGGGAAGGCACCUACGGCAUCGUGUAUCGGGCCCGGGACACGCAGACCGACGAGAUUGUCGCGCUGAAGAAAGUGCGGAUGGACAAGGAGAAGGACGGGGUCCCCAUCAGCAGCCUGCGCGAGAUCACGCUGCUCCUCCGCCUGCGCCACCCGAAUAUCGUGGAGCUGAAGGAGGUGGUUGUGGGGAGCCACCUGGAGAGCAUCUUCCUGGUGAUGGGUUACUGUGAGCAGGACCUGGCCAGCCUUCUGGAGAACAUGCCAACGCCCUUCUCGGAGGCCCAGGUGAAGUGCAUUGUGCUGCAGGUGCUGCGGGGCCUCCACUACCUGCACCGAAACUUCGUCAUCCACAGGGACCUGAAGGUUUCCAACCUGCUCAUGACCGAUAAGGGCUGCGUGAAGACAGCGGAUUUCGGCCUGGCCCGGGCCUACGGCAUCCCAGUGAAGCCAAUGACACCCAAGGUGGUCACGCUGUGGUACCGAGCCCCUGAGCUGCUGCUGGGAGCCACCACGCAGACCACCAGCAUCGACAUGUGGGCCCUGGGCUGUGUCCUGGCCGAGCUGCUGGCCCACAAGCCCCUCCUCCCCGGCACCUCGGAGAUCCACCAGGUGGACCUGAUCGUGCAGCUGCUGGGGACGCCCAGCGAGAACAUCUGGCCGGGCUUCUCCAAGCUGCCGCUGGCCAGCCAGUACAGCCUGCGGAAGCAGCCGUACAACAACCUGAAGCACAAGUUCCCGUGGCUCUCAGAGGCCGGCCUGCGCCUGCUGAACCUGCUCUUCAUGUAUGACCCGAAGAAAAGGGCGGCGGCUGGAGACUGCCUGGAGAGCUCCUACUUCAAGGAGAAGCCCCUGCCCUGCGAGCCCGAGCUCAUGCCCACCUUCCCUCACCACCGCAACAAGCGGGCCGCCCCGGCCCCCUCCGACAGCCAGAGCAAGCGCGGCAGGCCCUGACCACGGGCGGCCCCUGCCAGCCAGGCCAACAGGCCCGAGACCACAGCGGGACGCACCUGCGGCUUCAGCUGACCGCACGGAUGCCUACUGCCGCCACCUGCCACGGCCCCAGAACAGCGGGGCGAUGUGGGUGAUGCGCCCCCAGGCCGCCCCCCGCCCCCGGGCUGGGCUGGGCAGCAAUACCUGGUGGCCGCACCAGGCCUGCCCACUGCUGUGCCCUUGGCUCCUCGGAGUUCAGAGGGCACCUCAGGCCUCGGGUGUGUGGCUUCCCCAGGCCACCAGGCUUCCCAGGGGCAGGGCUGGCGGGGCUCGGUGACUGCAGUCUGGGUCGUGACCGCUGGGACCCCAGAGCAAGGCCCUGGGUUGGGGCCUGAGCCCCACGGGCCAGUCACAUGGUCAGCGCCACAAGAACUCAGAUAAAAGCUCU